AUGUCUACCCUGCCUGGUCGUGAUCAUGUAUCAAGUUCCGCUCCCCCUUUAGAUGGCAAAGGGGGUACAGAUUCAGGAAAGUUAACGAAAAGGACGGGACCUAGCUAUGUGUAUUACCGUCUAUACACCAAACUCGGUGCGUUUGAAUCAAAUCACGCCGUCUACUCAAACGACCGUUUCAUUGGCCGCGUUCCGUCAAAAUCAAUUGCCCCUCCUCGCACGGUGGCGUCUAUCAAGCGUUCCCUGUGCAAACUUGAGGACCUUUCGGAGCCUGACAAGGCGCUUCUCUUCACACCGCUCUCAAGCCCAGCACACAAAGAAGACUCUGCCCGCCUCUCUUUGUCCGCUCUUUCUGAGCCAGGCCUGUCCGAACACGAUCCGAUCGCUCCUGUCGAUGUCUCCUACUCAAACAGCGCACUCAUCAGCUUUGCAGUAUAUUAUCGCGUUUACUUAACAGAAGGAAAAGGAGAUGAAAAGGCAAAGUCGUUCUUCGACGAAAGCGAUAUUUCAUUAGGACGCAUCAACACCCUCUUCAUCGCGCCUCCUCACACCGCUGGGUCUCUGAAAGUAUGCAUCGCUAAAGUUGAAGGCCUCGUCACGCCGGGUCAUGCACUUUACAAGGACAUGGAACUCUUCCAAGACAUAGAUAGUGACACUGCCAUGAGCGACACCGAUGUCAUAUCCUUCCAAGAUGACACUUAUCCGGGUAGUGAUGAAGGUGAUCCCGUAGCCCUUGUCAAUGCAACCACCGACACAGAAGCGAAACAAAAGGCUAAACCUAUACCAGAUGGACCAGAUUCAAAUUUCACAAAACGCGCUCGGGUGACUUUUUCAUGUAUGUUUAAUCCAGGAUACAUGGUGAUCAAUUCCAAGGGUGAAAAAGGCUUUGUCGUACAGGAUUUGUUGAUAUGUAAUACAAGAAACGAGGACUCACUGAUCAUCAAAAACGAAGCAGGCAUCGCAACUUGCAACUCCCGACUGAAGCUUUUGAAGGUUCAGUCCUGCUCAGAGAUUCAGGCGAACCAAUACAUAAAGUACAUUGGAAGUGGAUACUAG